AUGACCUUGCCUGUCGUACAAGUUGACAGUGUGGCUUCAUUAAGCAGUGAUAUCUUCUACGAUAUAUUGAAACGACUCGAUGGCCCUACCUUGGCCAGUGCAGCAUGUGCUUGUGCUGCAUUUUGCUCUAUCUCAAAAGAGGAGAAACUGUGGCAAGAUGUUUGUUCUUCUUUGUGGCCUUCAACCAACAGGGAUGAUGUGAAGACUUUGAUACUAUGGCUAGGUGGAUUCAGGAAAUUUUAUUCAGAUUGUUUCCCCCUGAUAGUCAACAAGGAGUUCUCCGAGUAUCAGUGGCAGGAGUAUCUUCAGUACCCUGAGGAAUGGGCCGAAGCCGAGUACUAUGGCGACAUAGAUGAAUCCGAAAGUGUAUCUCCCUCAGAUUUUGUUUCUAUUGUCGACAUCAGGUACAAAGAUAGAACAAUAUGUUCCAAAGUCCUGUGGGGGAUUCCAAAUGCCGACGGAUCCAAUGGCUGGUUUCACAACUGCCCUUUCCGUAUCGAUCUGCUUACUUCCGCUGCCAGGGAUGACGACGACAACGAGGGAGAAGUUUUCCUUUCAGUUAAUGAUGGUCUGCCACCAAUUGUAUCCAUGGAGAAAGAAAGAAAAGAUGGGAAGCUAUGGAAGGAGCUUCGUGACGGACUAAGGCUUAGUUGGAUAGUUGUCAACACUAAAAGCAAGCAGGCUGCCAAUCUAGCAAGCUGGAGUCCUCUUGGUGGACAAAGGCACUGGCCAACCGACAAGGAUUUUGUAAUCCGGUUUGGCUCGGUCCUUUCUGCCAGGGAUAUCCUUCCAUGUCAGGUUGUGAAGUGCAUCCUCGUGAUGAAGUUCAGAGUGAUCCACACGGAAGGAGAGGGUUUCCAGACAACACUCAAGCUGACGGAGCUAAGCAUGCAGUUGGAAGACAUGGAAGGUGCUCAUGUGAAUGGAAGGAACAGUUUGCUUAUACUGAAGGAAGCACUGAGCUGCAGACGUAGCAAAAACUACAGCGAAGUUCUGGAGUCGUGUAAUCUGUACUCGAAAGUGCAGAGCGAGUUGAAGGAAGAGAAGAUGAGGAAUGAAAGCAGGAUAGAUAGGUUUUGUAUAAUAUCUGGGAUCACAGCUUUUCUAUCAAUCUGGUACUACUUCCUCUGA